AUGCUGGCGCGAGAGGGCGGCGGAGAUUUCGCCGUGAAGAAGCGUGGCACGCUGAUCUUCUCAUCUGCCACUUCGGCCUUCAGGGGCGGUAGCGGCACGGCGCAGUUCGCAUGCGGCAAGCACGCUCUGAGGGCCUUGUCACAGUCCAUUGCAAAGGAGUAUGGCAAGCAGGGAAUUCACGCCGUGCAUGUCCGCCUGGAUUGUGUGUUGGAUACCCCUGGAUACCAGAAGAAGAUGCCAGAGAUGUAUGCAGCACACAAGAUGGGCUGCACGGAUGACAUUGCGGAGACCUACUUUGCUCUGGGGCAGCAAUCGCCGCUAGGAUGGUCCAACGAGGUGGAUAUCCGACCCUUCCAGGAGGGAUGGUCCUGCUGA